UGUGGUGAUUGGUCUAGAUAUGUUGCGGCUGUCGGAGGGACAAGUCGGGCGACCGCCCAGAAUCCGGACCGCCCAGAGGAGCACCCUGACCAGCGUCCUGCAGUUCCUGGAGUCCCGCCCCGCGAUACACGCCCCCCGUUCUCRCCGAACCCUUGGCCUGCAAGCCCCACCCCCUCGCCGCCUCCUCUCUUCUCUMCCUCACGGUCCMCAUGGCCUUCUGGGUAAACGCAGCUUCCACCACCACACCAGAGCCGAGCCAGAGAAACGCCCAGAAAACCCAGGCCAGACAACGGUACCAGUGCAGAACGGCCGUAGCAGUGGAGGCGGGGGGACGAGGGGCAGUGCUAGGGGUGGAGUCAUGAUUAGGAAGAGACGCCCAAACUUGAUCGAUGCCCCCGAUGACAGCUUCUUCUUUGUCUCCCGGGAGACCAGGAGGGUCAGGCGGCUGCUGUCUCGGUCCCAGCUGAGGCGCGCCUGUCGACAGCCCUGUGAGCAGAUCACCCUGCGCAGGGCAUCCCAGGCACCACCACAGGGGCCGCUCCUCGCCCCUCCACACCCCCACCCCAGCCUCCGGAUGAGGGGACCCAUUGUCAUCCACGACUGACCCCUGACCUCUGACCCUAUCUCCCUCCCAUGCCUGUACCCUGCCUAUGCUCAGCUCGACAUGCAAGACCCCAAUCCUAGUUUCACCCAGCCCCGCCCUCCCCAAACGCCCCCCUUUAAAUAAAAUAAAACGGUGAACCUCUGGACUCUUCGGAAUCUGACCCUUCACCUCGGCAGGAAGUGAUGUGCUUCGUUGCCGUGGAGACAGACAUAAWGGGGUUCCCACCUGUACAGAUCCAACUCCCCUGGGACAGAAAACCAGUGAGUGUGUGAACUUGAUUAUGUUUUUUCUUCUUCAGUACCUACUGCAUGUCAGUGACUGGUGGUUGUGAGCUCUCCUCGGUUUGUCAGAGAGAUCUAAMCUGAUAUCAACUAACCAGAUCGGCUGAAUUUAAAGGGAUGGUUUGAUCACAAACUAGAUGGUUAAAGGGAUUGGAUCACUAACUAGAUAACUGCAUCCUACAGUUCCACGACACUGCUAACUUCUGAGUCAACAACAUAGAAAUACGCUCCUCUGCAUCUGAGCCAUUGUAUAUUACUAUACCGAUUGCAACUCUGUACAGUCUAGACAUUCUGUUUUAUGCUCUACCUAGCACUGCUAUAGGCAGAACACUUCCUCUCUCCUCAACGGAACCUGGGACUGUCAUGACAGAUCUAAUCUGAUUUGGUAUUCUAUUCCCUGUGUAGGGCACAACUUUUGGCCAGAGCCAUCUAGUGCCCAAGGGAAUAAGGGGCUAUUUAGGACGUCCCCUGCAGUAGCAUGCCACUGAGGUCAAGCCUCCUGAUUUGUUUAUGUUGGUGUUCAUGAAUGUCACGUGUCGAAAUAUGCUGAUUAAAAACAACAGUUUCCUCUACUUGUC